UCACGCAGACUGCGGUGGUCUUGGCAUGUCACAAAAGCUCAAGGUGGCCCAUUGUUAGAAGACUGCUGAGCGGCUUAUUUGGCAGUAAAUAAUUUUUCUCUGGAGUGAAGUUAAAGUUAAGCUCCCCCACACACGCACACACACACACCGUGCACCAAGUCAGCCGCCGUGCUAAAUACUGUGGAAUUUGUAGUCAUGUGUCUGUAGUUUGAACUGUCAGUGAGUGAACUUGUGACUGCCCAAGCUUUCAUAAAACAACAACAAUCCCCUCCACCUCAUGGCUCUUGUGUUGCAGAGUUUAUUGUGUACACCUGUACAAACGUAUGCAAAACAGUACAAUAGCCCAGCUGUUAAUCCUACUUGUGUUGAUGUUCAGUUUUUAACGAUGCUCAACCUCUCUGGUGUUAUUUGUGGAUGUAGAGAGCGGUGGUGCUAUAUUGAACAGCAUCCCAAUAAUAAGGUGUUUGUAAUGUUUACUCCUUCAUAUAUAUAUAUAUAUAUAUAUAUAUAACUUAAUAUUAGAGACAGACAGACUUCUUAGACACAGUUUCCACAGCUGAACAUUAAAACCAUCAUGAGGAUUUAUUGCUCCACAAAAUUCGUCUGUCAAUAAUCCCCCCUUUUUUAAAACAAUGUAUGUACUGUUCACCAGAAAUGUAAGAAUUCCCAGGUGUGUAGCUGAGGUUACUGUGGGGCACUGUGUACGGUAUGUGUGUGUGUGUAUAUCCUGUAUGUGGAUGUAUUUACAUGCAACAUUUGCAUUGAAAGCAUGUGUAUGCCUUGGUUUGAGGAGCAGAGAGGAAGGAGGCAGGAUGCUGUUGGCAUUCACCUGUGCUGUUGUGGCUCACCCUGUCUAAUUGGUGGAACCAUGCGUGUGUGUGUGUGUUUGUGUUUGUGUGUGUGUGUGAGUGAGUUGCAACACGGGCCCAUCCCAACACGUCUGGCCCUGCAGCUGCAGCAGAGCUAAUUUUAGCUCAGGAUGUGCGUACGCCUCAGUUCCCCUCUCCCGGCCUAUAAGAGAGGUGGAGAGGAUGAGGGAGAACGAGUAGCCAAUCCUUCACUCUCUCCUCUCUUCUGUGUUCUCUCGUUCAUUCCUUCUGUAUUAUUAUUACCUGUAGUGUGUAUGUUUCACGCAUUUUCCACAUCCACGUGUCCUCGGGGCAGAACUAUUGAUUGACUGUAGUCACUGUAGCCCGUGAGUGACCUUUACUCACCACUAAGUCCUUUCAGUCAGUCAGCAUCUCACUGAGGUGUGUACCUGUUGGCCUCACUGUCUUUUAUACCUGUCAGCCAUUAAUCUGUAUAGAAAACCAGGCGAGGGCUAAUUUUACAGUGCGGUUUUUGCUAUUAAUAGACCUCAUUCUAUUCCUGUGCAGACAGCCUGCUCCACUGGUGAGUAGCUGGUCCUUGUUACCAACGAGAGAGGCAACGGGGAUGGAGAUUACAGCAGACUGGUUCCCUGUGGUCAGGUGUUAAGAGUUAAUCCCUCUACCUCUGGAUAAAGUGUGUGUGUGUGUGUGUAGUAUGAUUGUGUGUAUCGUGAAGAAUGGCUACCUGCAAACACUCACGCACCAAAGAGGGCCGAGUGAAAUUUCCUCAUGGCUGUGUCAAACCAAAUGUAUUAGAGGACUACUUUGGCAGAGAGGAAGCUAAAUUAGUGCACUAAAUUAUGCUGUGUGUUUUUGUCCAAACCAGCAGACUGUAACUAACUCCCAGUGGUCAUGAACCUCUCUUCAUUUUAAUCAUUGGCCUACACUUGUAUUUUCUGAUUGGAGACGUCCAAUGACCUGAGGAAGGAAGACGGAGCGCGUCAGAAGAAGCGCAAACAGAGAAGGCACAGAGCUCCAGCUCAAUAAUUCAUGGCUGACUGAGCUGACCUUGAAACAUCCCCAGUGUUGGGCUGUUGAAACCCGGCACUGCUCAUUUAGGGCAGAGAGGAGCAGUUGAGACAGACGGAUACAACCUCACAUCUACAGUUCAGUUGUAUCAGUAUGUAUUUAAAUGAACAAUGGCAAUGAGCACAGACCCGUCAUGCUUUGCUAAAAAUCUCUCACUGGUCUCGUGGUGUGACAGUUUGCCAAAUCUUAGUCUGAUAAUUAAACUCGCACAAAUAUCUGCGUGUGGAUAUCAGUUUUGAUUACAAGCAGAGCUUUGUGUGCUACGUAAACAAACAAAACAUGAAAACGCAAAACGCUUUUCGGCUGCGGUGCGUGUUGACGUGAUGGCACACGACAGCGGUCUUUUGCUAGAGCGUGCAGGACAUUUCUCUCCACGUCAUGCUGAACUGUAUUGCACCCAGUUAUCACACCCGCUGACGAAGGCUACAGCCACGUUUGCAUUUGUAAUAAUAACCGUGCAACCCAUAUUUAUCUUCCAAAUGUUCCUAAAUUCGCCCGUGCUUUGAUGGAUGCUGUGAUUACUCACUCUGCAGGCUUAUGUUUGAAACUGUGGUGGAAGUAGUCGACUUCGUGGGGAAAUAAAAUGUUUUCUUUUUCUUUAUGAUCACACCCUAUAAGAACAGUAGCCUAAGUUUGGUCUCCAGACUAUGUUUUACAAAGUAAAUGAUGUAAUACCGUGCAUGUAGGCAUGCUUGUUGUUGUUGUCGACACAAUGUGGUCCCUAAAUAGCCAGUUUCCACACGUCUUUAAGUUCAUUUAUUUUGCUCUCGGUGCAACAACAACUUUCCUCUGAUUGGGCAAUUUUAUCAGGCAGCUCUGAAAACUGUUGGUGAGUUUAAACUCUAGGUAUUACACAACUAAGGACAGCUUCUACAAGGACAGAGGGUGGUUAGGAGGAGCUCUCUGUGGCCUUGUGUGUGUUUACAUUGGUUAAAUGAGUCACUGAGUCCCAGAUACUCGUGUGAUUCAUCCUCCUGUAAUGAAUGAUGAGCAUUGUUAGGUGCCUGAGGAGCCGUCCUUUUAGUACUCUCUUAAAAACAAUAGACUUUUGGAGCUCUUUUAUUAUCAAGCCUUAUUAAGCCCUCUGAGGUAAAUUUGUGAUUUUGUGCUAUUUGAAUUGAAUUGAAUUAUCUGCAUACUCAUCAGCUGCAGCUGUUGUUAGUGCUGUGUGUCCUGGUGGAGACGGAGAGGACCGGUUAAGACGUUGUGUGGAGUCCUUCCCCAACAUUCAAGAUUAACAUCUUGAACGUUGUUGUUUUGGAUUUUAGCACCACCUGAUUGCAUGACGGGAUUUUUCUUCAUUUACCAGCUUAGUUUACAAAUACAGUACUUACUGAGUCAUGAGGCGGCUGAGGGUCCAGAGUGUGAACAGUGAACUCUGACGUCCAUGAUGCCAAGAUGGUCUCUCCUAAUGACUUUGGUGAUCCCCGAACCUUCCCUUCUGUGCUAUCAACAGGUUACCUAUCCAGUGAAGUAUUUCAUCAUCUGCUUGAUGGAUUGACACACAAUUAGUACAGACAUCCGUGUGACUGCAAGCUCACAGAGGAACAUAUUGUGUGUUAACUGCUCCGCCUUCAAACUAAAUUCACAAAAAACACCUUCUUGCUGGCUUAGUUUGAGCCUUGUACACCGUUGAGCAGUGUGUUUAGCAGUGCGUUUGCCUUUGUGAUUUUAGGGUUUGAAGUGGCGUAAACAGGAUGGGCUGGCACUCUCCUAUUCCCUCGUGAGCCUGGCCACAGGACAAUACGCAGGUCCUUCGUAGAGGAAACUUUGCUUAUUGUGAUUCUCCAGGCCUCGUUAGGUGUGCGACAUAUUUAGCCAACAGUGACGGCUGGCUGGGGAGCACUGUUGUUACUCGACACGCAGAUACUGUAGUGAGACGGAUGCAGAGUUUGGAGAAAUCGCACUGUAACCAGAGGGGAGCUACCCAGCCUUAGCUAUAGAUGGUUACUUAGUCUUAUUGACUGUGGCUUUUGGUUUGCAUGAGGAGAACUCUUCCCGAGAGCCUAUACUUCAGGUGACCCUCACUGAUUGACAGAUGUGCGACACUGCGGAGAACCUUCUGCCUCUCCUCGUGGAGAUCUGAGUUCUGGGACACUGAGGCAGCCCAGGGGGGGGUCUCUGAGGAAGAUGCUGGGCUCAGAGCGCGGUGUUGUCGAAGAAUGGCUCUCAGAAUUCAAGUCCUUACCAGAAACCCAAAUCCCCAGAUAUGCCGGCAGCCUCCAUCUGAAGAAGUCCCUGGUGCCAGCUCUCUACAGAGUCAUCCAGGACCCCAACAGUGAGCUGAUGGAGCCCGUCUGCCACCAGCUGUUUGAGCUGUACCGGAGCUCUGAAGACCGCCUGCGCCGCUUCACCCUGCAGUUCCUGCCUGAGCUGGUGUGGGUAUAUCUGCGCGUCACAGCCAGCAGGGAUCGCCAGAGCAAUGGGUGCAUCGAGGCCCUCCUCCUGGGCAUCUAUAACCUGGAGAUCGUGGACAAAGAUGGCAACAGCAAGCUCCUCUCUUUCACAAUCCCGUCUCUGUCCAAGCCGUCGAUAUAUCACGAGCCUUCUAGCCUGGGGCCCAUGGCAUUGACAGAGGGGGCCCUCUGUCAACAUGACCUGAUCCGAGUGGUGUACAGCGGCCUCCACCCACAGAGAGAGACCUUCACGGCUCAGAACAGGUUUGAAGUGCUGUGUUUCCUCAUGCUGUGCUACAACUCUGCUGUGGUGUACAUGCCCCUGUCGUCCUAUCAGUCGGUCUGCAGAAUGAGCUCACGGCUGUGUGUAUGUGGCUUCCCCCGACAGCAGCAGAAGCUCUGGAGGGAAUCGUGCAACCGCGUGCUGCUGGACCCCGAGUUCAUGGUGCAGAUGCUGACUGCCGUUUAUCACGCCAUAUACAAUGGAGAGUGGCAGAUGGGACAGGAAGCUCUGGAGGACCUUCUGUACCGAGCCCAGCUGGAGCUCUACUCCCAGCCUCUCUUGCUGGCGAACGCCAUGAAGAACUCGCUGCCGGACAGCGCUCCAGAUGAGCCGCGGGGGCGCAAAGUGCUCCAGGUGGAGGUGACGCCCACCAUCAGCCGCAUCUCCAUCUCAGCCAUCACUACUGCCUCCAUACGACGCCACCGCUGGAAGAGAGAGGAUUGUUUUGACUACUCAACCGCAGGAGAGUUGACCCUCAUCGUCAAUCCUCCUAGCCUCGCCCAGCACCACCACCAACACCACCACCGCCGUCACCACUACCCUCCCUGGGACCCCACAGCCAAAGAGGAGAGAGAAGGGCGGCCUCACAGCCACCGCAGCAGCAGCAGCAUCAUUCCCCCCAUCACAUUUGAGGAUGCUGACGGGAUGAGCGGCGGGGAAGACUCCUUCAACGUCAACGACCCAGACGAGGGUUUCUCCUCCGGGGCGUCCAACAGCAGCCAGCCCGGCGGCACCAAGGUGGGCGGCAGCAUGGGGCCGAGGGGCGGCAGCCUGAACAACAACAGCAGCAGCAGCAUCAAGAGAGCCAUCGCCGCCCGGCUGUCUCGAGAGAAGGACCGGGAGAGGGAGGCGGAAAAACAGGCAGAUUCGUCCGCGGAUCACCAGGCCGCCGUGAGGAGGCGCCACCAGAAGCAGCCGUCGCCUCCAGCCAGCAUCAACUUGGAGGCCAUCCACCUGAGCCCCAUAAAGAAGCGCCUGAGCUUCCCUGUGGCGCCCACACUGGUGCGGACUGGCAGCACCUCCUCCAGCAAGUCCUUUGACUGCAUGAAUUUCAACCUGAACGGAGCCGAUGACGAGCACGAGGAGGAGAAGGAGGAGGCGGAGGCGGCACGGGAGGACAAGGAAGGAGGACUCCCAGCAGGCGGCUCCCACCACCACUCCACCGUCAGCCUGCAGGAGGAGCACCUCAUCAGGUCGGAGGACGCCCAGGACAUCCUGUCUCCUGGAGCUCCGCUCACCAAGCAGUCCCGCUCCCCCAGUUUCAACAUGCAGAUCAUAUCACAGGUCUAACGCGCAGGGCAUGACACACACACACACACAAAAUACCUGUUCAUAACACUCACACUUUUCACAAUCCUAUUAUGACAGUUUCCGUCUACCUUGUGCGUGCGUGCGUGCGUGCGUGCUUGCUCGCUUGUGCUCAAGAGUUGUCUCCACCCUUUCAACACCUAUUAAAUUGUGACCUGCAGUCGUUGCUGGUGGGUUUGAGAGAGAGAGAGAGAGUGAGAGAGAGUGAGAGAGAGAGAGAGAGAGAGAGAGAGAGAGAGAGAGAGAGUGAGAGAGAGAGAGAGAGAGAGAGAGAGAGAGAUGACAUUUCAGAGUUUUUGAGUUCCUGACUGAAUCAGUCAGAAAUGAAUCAGCAAUAACGCUUAACCGUCGCUCAUGUUUGAGAAGAGUGAGGAUUAUUGAUUAUUGCUCUUUCUCUUCAGUCCUUCCCCUUUCAUUCCCGGGCUCACGUGCAAUCGAUCUCGCUGAUUACCUUCCUUGUUAAUUGUUGUUGUUUUUUUUAAUUCGGCAUAAAUGGUUUUGAUGAAUAAAACUCCUUUCAAUGUUUUUUUUUUUUUUUUUUUUUUAUAUCACAAUCCAAAGAAAUUAACAUUUGUUUUCCUGCACUUGUUUGGCAGAAAUCAGUCGGACCAAAGUGAUUCUCUAGUUUUCAGCCCAUGACUCUGAUUUGAUCUGUAAAAUCUGACUUUUAAGAUUGUUUGUAAAACCAAACUGUUGACGGUUAAGGUUUGUCCGACCCAGAGCUUUCAGCUGGACAAACCUGAAGAAGUCAUCACUAUUUAGCUACAAGAGGAACGAGUUCGUCUUGUGACUUGAUUUACUAUCUGAAGGUGAAUCUUUGUGGAAGAACUGGAUUAAAACGUUGUAGAUGCUGCAGGUUUGGGUCUGAAGCUAAAAGGCAAUGACUGUAUUUUAUAUUGGAUUGUUAUUGUGGUUCAAACCAUUCAAUGGGCCCUUCCAUCUGAAAGCACUUGUGGGUGUGUUUGGCUCUGGGUGACGUACUGCCCUCCGCAGGCGUGCACGAGUCACUGCGCAUCGUCUCACGUCCUGUGCUCUGAUUGGACGCUCAUGAAACAUUUUGUUCUACCUCAUCGUGUGUUCACCCUGCCACUCGGACACUUGUCUCCCAAUCAGACGCAGGAUUUAAAGACUCCCGUUAGGUUUGAAACUGGAGCGCUUGAACAGUUUUGGGGGGGGGGGGGGGGUUAAAUAGUGAGGACCAAACCGGUUUCACACUAGAACUGUGAUGACGCUGUCAAACCCGUUCAUGUGAGGAGUCGUGGCUGAAUUAUCUCUGCCUCGCAUUUCAGUUCAAUCACAGCAAACAAGAACACGACUGUCAAUUUUCAAACACCCACAUCGGGAUAAACCUGAUCAUUUGAAUUCCCUAGAAAUGUCCGGCUUAUAUAUAUAUAUAUAUAUAUUUUUUUUUUUAAUGUAAUGAAUUUUUGAAGUGCAAUUUUUUUUCCUUUUAAUGCUCAUAUGCAUGGAGUUUGAAUCUCUGCUGUUAAAUGCCUGCAUCUGCUAACAGUGCUAGCUUAGCCUUCUGUAGUGCUCCCUGCCCAGGCCCAGUGAAGUGAACACGGCGUGCUUGUCUGCAUGUUUUAGUGCCCUGCAAAGCACAGCUGUUACAGAUGUGUGAAACAGCCAGCGAGCCAAACCCGAGUCUCAUCCUCGUCUUUUGCCAGAUGUGCCAAUACACAUCCUCUAAGGACAUUGUGUUUUGCUUGGGUGUCUUAAGUUGAAAUGCCUAUUUUCUUUCUGUUUACUGCUCUUAUUUCAGAGUUGGGGGACAAAACAAGGGAUGUUUGGACGUACGGCUCAACGUGCCCUUAGAUGCAGCUUCUUUUUUGCCAUGAAUUCGUUAAUCACAGGUGUGCGUGAGUGAGUGUGUGUGACACACGCACUCACAGUUUGCUGUUCACACGUAGAAGCAGUAUAUUAUGCGUCCGUGUACUGUAGAUGUCCGUCGUCGUAUUGCAUUUCCCGUGUCUUGCUCACGUGCUUGUUUUAACAAUGAGAAUGAAUGAUUGAUGUAUAUAUAAAAUCCCACACAAUCACGCUCCUGCUGUGCCGGAAACCUUCACGGCUGCUGCUCCUGGUCCUGAGUGAGUCCUGUGUGCGCUUUAGCCUUAAACAUUUCAGACCUAAAAGGCCUCGGCUCUUUGGACUCGCAUGCUCCUCCUCCUCCUGCUGGACUGCACUGUGGAGGGAGAAGAGAGGAGUGCAGCUCCAGUUCACACUCGCCUGGUCCGUCUGCUGUGUCGCUCACAACGAGCCGUGUUUUCCCAUUUGCUGUAUUUUUGCCGUGAGUUGAGUGUCAACUCUUUUGCUGUUUUUGGUGACGUGUUCAUGUCAUUGAUACGAGUGCCCCUGACCGAGGUUACCAGCAGUCAUGUUGGUACUGUAUGUGGACUUAGAGUAACGGAUAGACGAUUACUCCUCAGUGUCUGGUGUUAUAUCAUGUGAUCAGGGCGGGAAGUGAACACCAGCCAGUGAAUGUUGAUGAAAAACUUGACUGUGGCUGGAAAUAUGUAUCUGCUAUUCAUUUUAG